UAUAUACAUGCAGAAAAAGAUUGUUGCCGAAAGAAUCCCUAGAUUUCUGAGAUAAUCAGAUAUAAGAACGAUACUUCUUUGUGCAGUUGGGCAUAUAACAAAUAUGGUUUCAAUUUCAGAUGCCCUUAGUGGUUUGGAUGUUGAUGCAUUCAUCAUUGACUGUAAUUGGUAUUAUGGUUGUCUCUUUAGCCCUAAGAAAAAAGUUGGCAUUGAUUCAAUUACAAGGGCUGCUGUAGGUACUGAUGGCAAUAGAAAAGACCAUUGCAUUGCAGAGGAUGAGAGUGGGCUUCCUUCCCUUGCUGAGAAAGGUGCAGGGAAUAUAAAAAGAUUGAGAAAAAAUGUCUGCAUGGAAGAAGCAAAUGGGGAGGCUGAGUGCAUUGAAAACAUGUUUAGGGUAUUAGAUGAAGAUGGUGAUGGAAGAGUUAGUGCAGAUGAGGUGAUGAGGUUUUUGAAGAGAUUGGAUCUGGAAAUGCCAAAGGAGGAGGUGGAGGUAACUGUGAGAUCUGUGUCUGCAUGUGGUGAGGACUUCCUUACUGUUAUGGAGUUUGGUGAAUUUUAUAGAUUGAUUUAUGCAUAUCAGGAGGAGGGAGUUGAUAAUGGGGAGGAUAAGGAGCAGGUAAUUUGUGGGGCAUUUGGCGUGUUUGAUCAAAAUGGAGAUGGGUUUAUCAGUGCAAUGGAGCUUGCUGAUGUUCUUUGUAAAUUAGGGUUUGUGGAGGGAAGUGAUGUGAAUUGCUGCCAGAGCAUGAUCAAGAGUGUGGAUCACAAUGGAGAUGGGUUUGUGGAUAUUCAUGAGUUUAAGCACCUGAUCUAUAGAACUGUUUUUCCUCCUUAUCUUUGACUCCAAUGUAUUGCUGCAGCAAGCUAAUUGCAGUGCAUGUCCAAUGGGCAGCAUGAAUUUGGCAAGGUGUGUUUAUGCAGUUACAAUUCUUAGGCAUGAUAUUAAAAUGGUUUCAUAAAAAUUUAUUGUAAGAUGAUUGUACAGCACUGGUAGUAUUUUAGAUAUCUAUGUCAUAUUCAAUCUUAUAUGUCAUGACAUAGCAGAGAAUAGAAGAAUUUUAACAAAGGCCAUGACAUA